AUGCAGGCACCUCGACGCCUGACCUGCGAAAUCUCGCAGCUGGCGACGACUCGACAAUACUUUGCCUCGACCGUGCGCCCCUCCUCCCGACGUUGCCAAUACCUUCACACUUCGCCCUCACCUCGCGCCCCACCAAAGUCGUCCUCGCCGUCGUCCAGACCACGAACGUCUUGGUGGAGGACGUCUCGCCGCGCCAGGCCAGCAACCGUCACCCUCAUCGCCAGCGCCGGGCUGCUGUCAGCAUUCGCUGGAUUUUCUGAGCCGACGAGCACCACAAAAGACGAAGCGCCACCGCCCCCUGAGAGCAAUGACAGUCGAGACCCCAAGCAACCUCGCUUCAGGUUGUCUGAGGUCAAGGAACAUGGGCCCGACUCGGAGAGGCCGUGGGUCACCCACGAGGACAAGGUUUACGACAUUACAGACUGGAUCGGAGCACAUCCUGGAGGCGACGUCAUCCUGCGCGCCGCUGGAGGCAGCAUUGACCCCUACUGGAACAUCUUCACCGUCCACAAGGCCCCCUACGUUCGCGAGAUUCUUGCUCAGUACAUGAUCGGACUCAUCGACGUCGCCGAUCUUGUGGAUGGGCAGCCCCCGGCAGAGCUUAUCGAGGACCCUUUCCGAGACGAUCCCACCCGCGACCAGAGGCUGACCCAUCCCGACUGGACCACGGCACCCGCCAUUCAGGAGAUGCCGAUCACGAGCGCCAUCACCGCCGUCAAGCUCGGCCCCUGGACCACUGUGCCCCCGAUGAAGGCUCCUGGCGGCCGCCUCCUGACCCCGCCACCCGAGGCCCGCGGCCGUGAAGCAGCCGUGACGGGCUACGCCUACUCGGGCGGUGGACGCCGCAUCGUCCGCGUCGACGUCAGCCUCGACAACGGUCGCACCUGGGACCAGGCCAGGCUCCUCGCCGACACGGUCAAGCCCGGUCCCGACCGGGCGUCCCAGGACCACGGCCACAAGUCCUGGGCCUGGCAGCGGUGGCGCUACGAUGGCGUCGUGCCCUUUGGCGACGGCCCCGAGGGCGGCAAGGUGUGCUCAACGCUUCUCGUCAAGGCAACGGAUGAGGCGUACAACGCCCAGCCCGACGGCUACGAGGCCAUCUGGAACUUUAGAGGCAACCUCACAAAUGCUUGGCAUCGGUACCGCGUCUGCUCCGAGUGUCAGGCCGAGAAGGCCGUCAACGAAGACAACAGGUGA